GCGCUAUCAGUUUACCGUGCCUGAUCCACUCCCUAAUUAGACUCGGAAAACAUUCGACGAACUCGAAGAUGAACAAAGUGGUACUUGUCGCCCUUGUGACUGUUUUGCUUGCAGUGGUGGUGGUCUACGGCUCUGAUGAUGGAGGCCCAGUGAGGAAGGGCAGAGAUGAGGACGUGCACGUCAGCAAGAGGAAGCUCAAGUUACGGGGAAGUCGGCGUUCGAGCAGUAGAAAAAGCAGCAAGUCAGACAGCGGACGAUCAGACAGUAGUGGGGGUUCGAGCAGUAGAAAAAGCAGCAAGUCAGACAGCGGGCAAUCAGAUGGUCGGCCGCGGCUCGACUCCGUCCCCGACAACAUGAACAUGGCCACAGACGGGGACACGUCCGGGGGAGGAUUCAUGAACGGAUUGAAGGAUAGUUUCAGGUCAGGAGCUUCUGAGUUACCAGGGACCAUUAUGAACAGCGCGGUUGAGGCAGGCAUUGGAUUUGGUACCGAAUUUGGCCUGGAGAAACUAGCCGAAAUGUUAUUUGAUGACGGCGAAGAAGGUGAUGAUUUUGAGGAAGAGUGAUAAGGAUCUCGUCGCCAGAUGACGCGACUCUGGCGCGCAUUUUGUCGUGAUUGGAGCAGUGAGUUUAUGUUCUGUAAAACCAAAUCUGAUUUCACUGUACGAGACAAUAAAACUUAAUAAAAACAA